GGGCAGCCCUCCUUCUGUGCUCUUCUCACUUGUGUGAGCACCAAGCACUGAAAUGUACUAACUUACACCAUGUAUCAACUGAUCCCCAUAUACAUUGGUUUAUUCUCUAUGCGUUUGGUAAGCUUCUUUUGGCCAGGACUUGCCCAUUUCCUUCUCCCUCCUUCAUAGAUUGCCAAACGAGAUCAAUUAACACAAACAGGUCAGGAGAUGAAGAAAAACAUAUAAUUUGUAUGAAAUUGUAGUCUUUGGGCUAUAGAAAAUCCUUAUCUUAAGGAAACUGCCUCCUGAAGGAAAAUGAUCUACAUGAUAAGAGCUGGGAAGGGGACUUUCUUAGUGUCUGUUAAGUAAUUAGAGUAAGGUGACCCAACAGCUGAGCAACACACAUAGUGGGGGUGAACAGGGACGGGAGGGGCUCUCAGAAAGGGAAGAUGCUCCUCAAGCGAUUUUUCGAGAUUGAUUCAAGAAUCUUCUAAAACCGAAGUGACGCGGAUGUUCGCCAAUCACCGAGCGAAAGGCGGGGCCGUAUUGUUCUACUUCACCAAUCAGGGAAAGAUCGAAUUCCCAGCGCCCAGAACUCGAGUGCUCUCUCAUCUUUCUCUCAGACUUUGCAGGUCCUUAUGGGGGCGUCGCGUGAGAGCUUGGCGGUCCUGUGGCAUUUCUCGGUGUGCCUGGAAUCCUCGCUUCUUUCCACCAACAGACCCUAUUCUCUACCUCCCGGGCCCAACAUUUCCCUUCGUCACGGCUUCUGCAUCCCGGGAGCUACGGGGAGGUAUCUGCCGGCCGUCAGGUCCCUCCAGCCGAAGCUGGGAGGGUCAAGGCUACGUGACUAUAGAGGCUGGUCCUCGCCAUAGUGACGGCGCCUCUUCAGGGGGGAGGCUUCCCCAGCCUUCAUCCCGCACUCGCCUUUCCAAACCGGCCCCUCGUCUAAAAAGGGAUAUAGUGCAACUCACAACGAUUGAAAUCAGGAACAAGAUAGUAGAAUUGGAAGAAGGAUUAAAAAAUGUUGAAGAUGAAGGUAAUGAAUGGAAAACUCGUUAUGAAGCGCAAAUUGAAUUUAAUAAUCAAUUAGAAAAGCAAAUAUUAAGUCUUCGAGAGAAAAUGGCCAAAGUUCACGGGAAUCCUUCAGAUAGAUUAUCUUCUAUUCGUGCCUAUGAACGGAUGCCAUUGAAUUCUUUAAAUCAGUUACUUAAACAGCUAGAAAAAGAAAAACGAAGUCUUGAAUGUCAAGUAAAAGAAUAUGAGCUUAAAUUGGAACAAGCAUCAAAGGCUUUUCAUAAGACCAAUGAUGAGCGACGUGCCUAUUUAGCAGAAGUAUCUCAGUUAACAAUUUCACAAGCCUCUAAAAAACAACCUAUGGAUUCUUUGCCCAAGAUGAAAGAAAAUCUCCUUAAAAGAACCAGUGGCCUGACAAUAUGGUGCAAGCUCAAGGGGGUCGAGAAUUGUGAAAGGGGAAGAUGGAUUCCAGCAACCUGGAGGACAUCAGAUAUCAAGAAAGGACCAUUUAAAAAGACUGCAAGAACAAACCAUCUUCCAAAACUAAAUAUUUGACUCCAGAGAGUGAUUGACCGUGUUUUUUCACCUAUGAUUUUCAGGCUUUACAUUUAGUACUGAGUACUUUUCAUUGAGGGAAUGAAAUAGAUAAGAAAGGACUGACUACCAGACUACAAAGUUUUGGCUCCAUGUCACAAAGAUCUUUGACAGCAUAGAGGUAACCUUCUCAAGUAGUCAUAAAAUGUUUUAUAGCACUGCCAGGAUUUUGACAGACAUGAAGACAUGGAGAAAGAAAGGGAUUAGUUGUAUGCUUUUUUCUUUCAUUUACCCUCUAUCCUGGCCCAACCUAUAGAUAUUUCUUGUUUCUGUGAAUUAAUUUACUUUGGCCGUAUUUUGGAAAUAAAUCCAUUCAUUUGGCUUUGAGUUGGAUAAGCUAAAAUAGUAA